AACAGUGCCUUCCUCAAGAGCAAACAAGUGAGUGGGAGUGAUAUCUUUUCCCGUGACAGUGAUCGUGCUCCGAGUUUCGCUCGACUCUCGGACCCAAGAUAGCUCCCAAGAUAGUCCUCCCACAAUUCCAAAACCAACAAACAAAACUCUCUGCGCAACAGAUAACCACAUCAAACAAAAAACCACCAUGAGCCAACACGGAAGUCCAAGUGCCCCCCGUCGCUUUGUGUGCCCUCUCACUCUUGAUGUGAUGGAAAAUCCUGUGACAAACAAGGAGACUGGGAAAACCUAUGAAAAGAAAGCCAUCCUUGAAUGGGUCUAUUUGCAUGGACAUGCCACCUGCCCUUUGACCAGGAAGCCAUUGCAUCCUUCUGACCUUCAAGAGGAUGACGUACUUCAAUACGAGAUUUCUCAAUGGAAGGAAGUAGCUGCCAUGGAAGCCAAGUUGGCAGAUAUUCUGUUCUAAGCAAGGCAUGUCAGUCAACCGAACCUUUGAAGCACAGUAAAGACAGAAGUCCACAACAAAGCAAGGCUCUCCAGACGCUCUUACAGUGUGCAAGAACCGUAAACGACGCAAGAAUCGGAGAGAUUGCAUGGCGACAGCAAAAGCAAGACAGUAGGGAAAGAACCAAAAAUUGGCCAGCCAUGAAGAGCUGGCGCGGGGGCCUAGUACCAUACCCGAAGGGUAAAGAUAUCACAAGCAAAUCAAAAGCAAAACAUAAACUAAAUAUCAAACUGAAAGCGCU